UGAUCCGCGGGGUCUCGGUGCGCUCAGACGCGCUCGGCGUUCAGACUCAUCAGGACCCCGAUGGCCCCCAACCAGAGGUACUGCGCUAACCAGACGACCAGCGUCAAGCUCCCCUAGCGAAGGCAGGACCCCGUGAGCCUGCUCCUGGAAUACCGCAUUGUUUUAUAAUUUCCAACAAGAGAGAGGAAGGUGAUGAUGAUGCGCCCGCGAUGGUGGAUUUCCCUUUUGUGCGUCUGUGGAUUGAUGCACGUCGGUCACCAGAGCAGCCCUAAUGCCCAAAAUGGAGACGCCUUGUCGAGCUUGAAGGCUCUUCGUGAUGCGGGCAGGUUUGCUGGGAAGGAGGACACGGUGCCUCUCCGCCUGCUCUACAGCAGACACAACCACAGUCAGAUCACACAGGAUGAGCUCAGCACCAGGGUGAAAGCCAGCGCCGGCUCCACGCAGGUGAAUCAUGUGGCCCAAGCAAGCUUUCAAGUCGACGCUUUUGGCAGAAAAUUCAUUUUGGAUGUGGAACUAAAUCAUGAUCUGCUGUCUUCCGGGUACGUGGAGAGGCAUUUGUCAGAGAAAGGGAAGAGCGUCGUCACCAAUGGUGGAGAGCACUGCUACUAUCAGGGGAAGGUCAGAGACAUCCCUCACUCCUUUGUGGCCGUCUCAACCUGUCAUGGUUUGCAUGGGAUGUUUUUCGAUGGCAAUCACACCUACAUGAUUGAACCUGGAGGACAGGGCAGCAGCAAGGGAGAUGUCCACAUUCACAUGAUAUAUAAAUCUGCAGGGCACGAAGGAUUAAAUGAUCUCUUCAGUGGUGAUCUUCCAGAGCCCCCUUUUCCCAGCCCUCCGUUCCCUGGGUCCAAAGUUGUUCACAGGAGAAAGAAAAGACAGGCUCCACGCGUGUCACGCAGUGUAGCGGAUGAGACCAAAUACAUUGAGUUGAUGGUGAUCAAUGACCAUUUAAUGUACAAGAAGCAUCGGCUUUCCGUUGGGCACACGAAUAACUAUGCUAAGUCCGUGGUCAAUAUGGCUGACAUGAUUUUCAAGGAACAGCUUAAUACCCGGAUUGUGCUGGUUGCCAUGGAAACGUGGUCAGCCGACAACAAGUUCAACAUUGAUGACGACCCCAUGGUGACGCUGAGGGAGUUCAUGAAGUAUCGAAAAGACUUCAUCAAGGAGAAAUGUGACUCCGUUCACCUCUUCUCAGGGAAUCGUUUCCACAGCAGCUGGGGAGGAGCUUCCUAUAUGGGAGGAGUUUGCUCCCUGACUAAAGGAGGGGGUGUCAAUGAGUACGGAAAAACAGAUGAGAUGGCCAUAACCCUCGCGCAGUCUCUUGGACAGAACAUUGGCAUCUUUUCUGACAAGAAGAGGAUCCUCAAUGGCGAGUGCAAGUGCGAUGAUCGUUGGUCGGGCUGUAUCAUGGAUGAUGUUGGUUUUUACCUGCCCAAGAGGUUCUCCGACUGCAACCUGGAGGAGUACCACAACUUUCUAAACAGCGGAGGAGGAGCCUGUCUGUUCAACAAACCUCUGAAGCUGUUGGACCCACCAGUGUGUGGAAAUGGUUUUGUGGAGCCAGGAGAGGAGUGUGACUGUGGCAGCCCGGCAGAGUGUGCCAGAGAGGGGGAGGCCUGCUGUAACAAGUGCACCCUGACCCAAGGCUCCAAGUGCAGCAACGGACUCUGCUGCAAGAGCUGCCAGAUGGAGUUCAUGGGAGUUGUGUGCAGAGAUGCAGUAAACGACUGUGACAUCCCAGAAAAUUGCACAGGCAACUCCAGCCAGUGUCCGCCAAAUGUGCACAAGAUGGACGGCUACACGUGUGAAAAAGACCAGGGUCGCUGCUUCAAUGGAAGAUGUAAGACCAAAGACAGACAGUGCAAGUACAUUUGGGGAGAGAAGGCAACAGCGGCUGACAAGUUCUGUUACGAGAAAUUAAACAUUGAAGGGACAGAGAAAGGAAACUGUGGGAAGGACAAAGACACCUGGAUUCAGUGUAACAAACAAGAUGUUCACUGUGGGUACCUGCUGUGCUCCAACAUCUCACCUGCCCCGCGACUGGGAGAGCUGCAGGGAGGGCUGACCUCGUUCUCUGUGGCCCGACACAGUGCUUCUCUGGACUGCAGCGGCGCUCACGUGCUGAUUGACGGAGACACUGACCUCGGCUACGUCGAGGAUGGGACGGCCUGCGGGACGGACCGCAUCUGUUUCAAUCACAAAUGUCUUCCUGUCCAACAAUUCAACUUCAGCACCUGCCCUGGGACCACCGACAAGACUGUCUGCUCUGGACAUGGGGUGUGCAGCAGUGAGCUGAAGUGUGUGUGUUACCUGGGUUGGGCAGGAGAGGACUGUAACUCCACGUCUCCUCUCAGUUACCUCGUGGUCGGACCCACGGCCUCAGUUUCAGGUAUCACCAGUACCAACAUCAUCGUCGGGGCCAUCACAGGCUCCAUCCUCUUCCUCGCCCUCAUACUGGCUGUUACAGCCUGGUGUUACAAGAGCUACAAGCAAAAACGCUACGUUGAGUCUGAAGUUCACCGAAGAUUCUGCCGGCAAAUGCCCCCAGGUGACUAUGUAACAAAGCCUGGGGAUGCAGACUCAUUUUACAGCGACAUGCCUCCGGGUGUCAGCACAAACUCAGGCUGCAGCUCCAAGAAGAGAUCUAAUGGCCUAUCCCACUCAUGGAGCGAGAGAAUCCCAGAUGCCAAACACAUCUCUGACAUCUGUGAAAAUGGGCGACCGAGGAGCAACUCGUGGCAAGGAAAUCUGAGCGGUAAUCGUAAGAAACUUAAAGGAAAGAAGUUCCGUGCUCGCUCCAACUCCACAGAGACGCUAUCCCCUGCCAAGUCUCCCACUUCUUCUACAGGAUCUAUUGCAUCCAGCAGGAGGUACCCGUACCCCAUGCCCCCUCUUCCCGAUGACCAGAGGAAAGCAAACAGGCAGAGCGCCAGGCUGUGGGAAACUUCAAUAUAACAGCCUUCUCACCCACUCAGCAAAAGAUCUCGAGGAACUACACUUGUCUCUCCUUUUCUAUGAAUGAAAAACACAAAAAAUUUAAACAAAAUUGACUCUAAGCUAUUUAAGAGAAGUGGAGAGAGAGCCCCCCCACUGGAGUGGAAAUAAGCAAAGGCGUGUGUGAGUAAGUGUGUACAAGCAUCUCCGAGGCUUUCUCUCCAGACAGUGUCAUUCAGUGGAUCUUUACAAAGACGAUGCGGAUCGCUGGCAGAGAAACCAGCUCCACAUCCACUCCAGACCAGCUGGAGCUCAGACCGAGCUGUUCCUGUCCUGUCUGCUCAGGCCGCAUCUAAGGGACUGGAAACCCUCCUCCACCCCGACCCCCUCGUACCCAUCCUAAAACCUUGACACGUCCUCUUUUAGCUCAGCUCUUAUCACUACAACUCCACCCCCCCCCCC